AUUUUUAGCCCUUCCUAGGGUAAUAACCCAACAAGCAAAGGAAAUGUAACCCUUUUCUCUUAUCUUUCGAAGUUACUUUAUUUAUUUUUUCUAUCAAACCAAACACAGCACAAUCAUUCCCGCGAAGUCGCUCGAGGCGGUAGCUGAGGCACUAUAUACACACACUGAUCACAGUCACUGUAACGAGGGAGAGAGAAGAAAGUGUUCUUCGGCAUCAGAUCAGUAGCAUAAUCGAAGAAGUCACACCAUGUCAAUGGAGAGCCUCAACGCUCUCAAUCUCUCCGAAGCAAACCUUCCCGAGCUCUCCUCUCUUCAACCCCUCCUCCUCCGCCUUCAACAAGCCCUAAUCUCAUGCUCCACCUCAAUCGAAUGCGGAGAUUUCCGCCAAUCUGAGAAAUCAAUUUCAGAACUCGUCGACUUCCUUAAUUCGGUCACCGAAAAUAACGAUUCUUCAGAGAACGAUGCUUUCCAAGUUCUUAUGGAAAUUCAUAUAUUCAUUACUUCGCCUUCACUGGACCAGGCGGUCAUUGAUGCUCUUUCGUUUGAGUUGCCAAAGGCUGUUGCGAGGUUCGCUUGCGUGUCUCGGAGAUGUUUAGAGAUUGCUGGGAGUGUGAUUGAUUGGUUCAUCGAGACUUGUAGUCCACGUGACAUGCUUUCGAUUCUGUGCGAGGCAUUAGAUUCUCCAAGCGAGAUGUUUAAGGCUCCUGGUUAUUUUGCUCCUCUUCUAAGUGGACUGGCAAAAGUUUUUCUUUCCAUUCAGAGACGCCAAUUUGAGCAAGUAAAAGAAGCAGUUCCUGUUAUCAUCAAUGUUUUGAAGGCCAUGUCUUCAGAGUUGGAUGAAGGAGAUACAGACUAUGAGGAUUUGUUAAACAGAUCAAUUGACGUUGCCAAUUCAAUACAAGCAGUUUGUGUAAAGUUGGAGGGCAAACUAAACAAAAGACUCCGUGCUGUACUUGGUCUGUAUGUCUUACAAAUCAUGGCUUUUGUUUCAAUUGGCAUUGGAGAUAAAAUUUCAAGUUGUCUUAGUUUGAUGCUACAGCUGUCUCGCUUCCUCAGAUUUUGUAAUUUGUCAUAUCUUGGUUUAAUAACAGGCUGUGAUGUUGAUACAGUUACUAGAACUGUGGUUGGAGCGGAUGGAGAUGAUUACAUGCGUUGUUUUUCUCAUGUCAAGCAUGGAGCAUCUCUAUCAGUGAUUUGGGGUUAUAUAUCCAAUGAGGUUGCUCAGGCUGCUGAGGAGGAUCUGGCUGCUGUCAAGGCUGAACUUUCCAGAAAUCAGACUAAAAGGUGGCAAGCACUAGGCAUGUUAAGGAACAUAUUUUCAUGUGGCAAUUUACCAUGGGAAUUGAAGAAGCAGGCCAUCAAUUUCCUUCUUUGCAUUGUUGAUGGAAAUGUCUCCCAUGAAUAUAAUAAUGAACAUGUGGAGUGUUUGAUUUAUAUGCCUAGUCUUCUUGCUACUUUGCAGGCUGUUGAGAUGGUUGUUAUCUAUGCACCAGAUGCAGUGCUAAGGAGGAAUGCUUUUAAUGCAUUGAAAAAGGUUCUUGCAGAUAUUCCAACUUCUCUAAGAUUUGACACUUUAAUGGCUUUGAUUAAAAAUACUGAUUCAUCGUCCAUGAUUGCAAUUCUCAUUGAUUGUGUGAGAAAGGAGAUGCACAUGGAAAAUUGCCAAAGGAUUUCAAUAGGAAAUGAAGUAAUCCAUCCACAGAAUAAUGCAUGCUUCAGUGCAGCAUUUUGGAAUGCUGGUGCCCUUGAAUUAGUUGAGUUGAUUCUGAGGCCACCCAUGGGAGGACCUCCAUCCCUCCCCGAGUAUGGUGAUGCGGUUCUCUCUGCCCUCAACUUGUACAGAUUCAUAUUGAUGAGAGAGUCAACAGGAAAUACCAAUUACACCGGAGUGCUGUCCAAGAAAAACUUACAGAAGGCCUACAAUGAAUGGCUUCUACCUCUCCGAACCCUAGUGACGGGUACUGUGGCAGAAAACAAGAAGGAUUACGACCGACUUGCGAUGGACACUGUAUGUGUCUUAAACCCCAUCGAGUUAGUUCUGUACCAUUGUAUUGAGCUUGUUGAAGAAAAGCUAAAAAAUGCUACCUAGGUUAAUCAUGUUCAGGUUACAAUAUUUGAUAUUUUCAUCAAUGGGGGAAAAAUCCCAUAUAGUUGAUUGUAUGAAUUUACAGUUUGGUUAAUCCAAAUUUCAUUGCAUUUCUAGAGUCUAACGUUAUGUUUGGAUUGAGUGAUUUGGAGAGAAAAGAAAAGAAAUAGAGAGAUAUGUAUUUCUUUUA